AGAACACCGAAAUCCUCUGAUUACAAUGCCUUGGUCAAAGGUUCUGUUUAAAUAGAAACUCUAUCUGUUUCAUUGUUCUUCGAUUGAUAUAUUUGUUCCUUUAUAUUUAAUGAGACAUAUGUAACAGACAUAUAGGAUUUGCGCCAGUAUGCCAUCACCAUAAGGAGUUGAAAAUGUAGCGCUGAUGGAUGAAAACGGGUGGAGGUUUAACAACUAUUCCUAAGAUGCCGAAAGGAAGGUUAGCUAUUGGUUACCCGAAUGAAUCUUUCGUGGGAAAGGGAACUGUGUUCGCAAAUAUCACGAAAGAGUCAUUGCGCGUCAGAAUGCGGGUGAAUAGAGUAGACGAACUGGAAGAGGAGCGAUUACAAAAGCUCACUAAAUUGAUGAACCGUGACCAAAAAGUGCAAGCAGUUUUGCUCCAAAGAGUUAUGGAGCGAGCAGAGCGGAACAUCGAACACAUGCGUGGAUAUAGGGAGGUUAUUAAUAAUGAUUUCAAGUUUGACAAUUUCCGAACGAUGGAACAUGGUUUCAGGAAACGUUUGGUUGAAUCUCCUCGAACAGCUCGACAAAUCUCACUAGAAACUAAGAUAUACAACGGUGGAUACCAGCCAGGAUAUUUCAAACAUGAAAUCAAGAGGAAAAUUCGACAAGCUGAUCCCAAUGUAUUUCACCGAGUUGUAAAGAAAGUCUUGAAAGAACAUAGUCAGAAAGAGUCGGGAGAGGUACUGGACAGGAAAAUGUCCGACAUGACCUAUUACCGGACUCUAAAGGAAAAACAACAAAAGGGACAGUUCUAUUUUAAACCCCAGGUGCGGCAUUUGGAUCCACUCUCGAAAGAGUUUAGUUAACACAACAAUCAUUGUCUGACCCACUUUUUUACUACCUAUGUACAUUCCUCCUGUUACAUAAUGUUAGUUUUAGUAGCGAGUAUGUUUUUCCGUUUUGUUUACAUUUUAGAUUGUUAUCGAAAUAUUUUAUUUGAAAGUAAAUGCAGUUCUUCGGUGUGGGCUUAGUGGGAAAGGACAAUGGAUUUACAAAUAUACAUGUACUGUAUUGAAACAAUAAACUGGCACUGAUA